UUCUCACCGCAGACUGAACGUCACGUCCGCACUUGAACUUGAGUUUUCUCCCAUUGUAGAAGCCAGAGAGCCGCACAGAGCCGCACACAGCCGCACACAGCCCGGGGAUGCGGGUCUCUGCAGCUAGCACAAAGAGAAAAGAGGGUUGCAGUCUGUCCUCAAACCAGCACUGGGCUUUGACUUAAAGAGUUAAAGACUAACCCGCCCGCCUGGCUGGCACUGCCAGUGCAGUAGAAGAAGUGCCCACCACUUGGCGACACCCCGAGAAGUACCGAGAAGGAAAUUGGAUUCGUAUUUUUUACACUUCCAGGCGUCAAUUGGCGUCAUUUCACCUGCUUUCUCCGGAAAGGGACGCGCGGUGUCCAGGGUGGCCGGAGAGUGGACGCAGGCAGUGACUGUCCAUCAGGCUGACCGCCGACUUGCCGCGUCUCUCCUCCACUUCACUCCAUUCCGCUCCUUUCUCCGCUCUCCUCUGACAGAUGGUGUGAACGCGGCGGAAGGCAGAGCCGGACAACCCCACUCCCUCACCACUAGAAGGGAGGCGUGCCACCACUUUGGCAUUAAACUCCGACCGAGCGCCCGACCGCCCAGCGUUGCACCACGGCCGGUCACCGCAGCGCGCAGGAGCCGCCGCUCGCUGGAGGGAGAUCCAUCGCGCAGGGGUCAGUUUGAGGGCCACAUUUUCGGCCAGAGUGGUCAGUUCGGAGUGGCAAGCGAGCGGCCGGUUUUGGGGCCAGGUUGCGGCCGCUAUACAGGAGCAGCAGCAGCAGGAGAAGGAGGAGGAGGAGAGCCGACCCUUCCAGCGCCGCUCUCCGGGCGAUGCCAGUGUAAAUGCCAGGGCGAUGUCCCGACGCAAGCAGGGGAACCCGCAGCACCUGUCCCAGAGAGAAAUAACACAGGAGGUUGAGCAUCCAGAUGGCGGCCUGCUCUCCAGCUCUCUAUCCCUCCACCCGCUCCGCCUACCUCCCCACCCGUUGGACCCUAGUCUGGCCCACGCCUUGCCAUCCGGCCUCCACGCCGACCACGACCUGCUGACCUGCGGCCAGUGCCAGAUGACCUUCCCGCUGGGCGACAUCGUGCUUUUCAUUGAGCACAAGAAGAAGCAGUGCCAAACGCCGCUGCUGGCCAAUGGCUGCUACGACAAGAUGAGCGACCGGGGAGGAGAAGGAGGGAGUCCGACUCUGCAGAGCCUUCAUCACAACGCACAGCGGGUGGAGCUGAGGAAGGUGGUGGAGCCGGUGGAGAUUGGCAUCCAGGUGACACCAGAGGAGGAGGAGGUGGGGAGAGGUGUGAGGGGAGAGAGGACGCUCAUCAAAGGAAUUUGCCCGAAGCAAGAGAACACACCGGCAGGGGGCAGGGAUGAGCCUUCCAGCUAUAUAUGUACCACAUGUAAGCAGCCCUUCCCCAGUGCCUGGUUCCUGCUGCAGCAUGUCCAGAACACCCACAACAUUCGCAUAUACCUGGAGUCCAACCCCUCCAGCACAGCCCUCACCCCACGCAUCACUAUGCCUCCACCCAUGGGCAACGACUCCAUUCCGCAGUCCCCCCUCACCAACUUUCUCGGGGACAACAACCCCUUCCAUCUCCUGAGGAUGACGGGCCCCCUGCUCCGGGAGCCUCCCCCAGGCUUCAUGGAGAACCGCCUCCCCAACACGCCUCCAUUCAUCAGUCCGCCUCCCCGGCACCACCUGGACUCCCAUCGGCUGGAACGCCUUAGUGCAGAAGAAAUGGGCCUCAUCUCACAGCACCCCAGUGCCUUUGAGAGGGUGAUGCGGCUAACGCCCAUGGCCAUGGAGUCCCAGUCCAUGGACUUUUCCAGGCGGUUACGCGAGUUGGCGGGGAACAACAACAGCACCACACCACCGUUGUCACCUAACAGGGCCAACCCUAUGCACCGAUUACUAAACCCCAACCCCUUCCAGCCUGGGCCAAAAUCACCCUUUAUGAGCACCCCUCCCUUACCACCGAUGCCCCCAAACAGCACCACGCCUCCCCAGACACAGAACAAGGUCAAGUCCUGUGAGUUCUGCGGUAAGACCUUCAAGUUCCAGAGCAACUUGGUGGUGCAUCGUCGCAGCCAUACUGGAGAAAAACCUUACAAGUGCCAGCUGUGUGACCACGCCUGCUCUCAGGCAAGCAAGCUAAAGCGACACAUGAAGACCCACAUGCACAAGGCUGGAUCCCUGACAGGGCGCUCAGAUGAUGGUUUGUCCACCACAAGCUCCCCAGAGCCAGGCACCAGUGAUGUCACAGGUGAGGGCAUGAAGAAUAGAGAUGGGGACUUCCAUGGGGAAGGCAAUGAGGAGGAAGAAGAGGAGGAGGAAGAAGAGGAACUCGAGAAUGAGAGUCGACCAGAAUCCAACUUCAGCAUGGAGUCUGAGUUCUACCGGAACAGAGAGAAUGGCUCUAAACUGCCCUCAGAGGAGAAGUCCUCACUCGCCAUUGAGAAGAUGGUUGAAGGGGGAGGGCUCAACUCUAUACAGCAGUACAAUAAUUUGAUAGUUGACAAUCGUAAAAGGAUGCCCUUCUCCAAGAGGGGCUCCGAUGGCCAGCGGGAUACUGGGGAUGAAGACUCAGUGGCUGGGGAGAUGGACCACCACCAGCAGGAUGAGAGGACAACCAUUAACGGCCGGAACUGUGGCUCCGGUGACUCUUUCUCAGGCCUGUUUCCCCGUAAGCCAACCCCUAUCACCAGUCCUAGCCUGUCCAACUCCUCUAACAAGAGGAUCAAGAUUGAGAAAGACUUGGACAUACCCCCAGCAGCCCACAUCCCCUCUGAGAACGUCUACUCACAGUGGUUAGUGGGCUAUGCUGCCUCACGGCACUUCAUCAAAGACCCUUUCCUAGGCUUCACUGACUCCAGACAAUCGCCCUUUGCCACCUCCUCUGAGCACUCAUCCGAGAACGGCAGCCUGCGGUUCUCGACGCCUCCAGGCGACCUGCUGGAUGGAGGCCUGUCGGGCCGCAGUGGCACCGCCAGUGGCGGCAGCACACCUCAUCUGGGUGGAGGUCCAGGCCGACCUAGCUCCAAGGAUAGCAGGAGGUGCGACACCUGUGAAUACUGCGGCAAGGUGUUCAAGAACUGUAGCAACCUGACGGUGCACCGGCGCAGUCACACUGGCGAGAGGCCCUACAAGUGUGAGCUGUGUAACUAUGCCUGCGCCCAGAGCUCCAAGCUCACUCGCCACAUGAAGACACAUGGCCAGCAUGGUAAGGAGGUCUAUCGCUGUGACAUUUGCCAAAUGCCCUUCAGCGUGUACAGCACUCUGGAAAAACAUAUGAAAAAGUGGCACGGAGAACAUUUGAUGACCAAUGAGGUCAAAAUUGAACAAGCAGAGAGAACCUAAACCACGUUCCCUGUUUCCAUACUCUGCGCCAUAGUUUGACUUAAAAAAAUAAACAAAAUGGGGUAGCUGGAUACUCUUUUUCUGAAAUGUUAGUUUUGGGUUAAGUUUGUGUUUUUAAGAAACUGCCAACUGAGAAAAAAAAGUGAAAACAGAGAUCUUAACACCAAUUGAAGCUGUCUAAACUGCCUCAUUUGGGGUUCUUUUUAAAACAAUCAAUCAGUUGAGUUAUAACAUAUGUGGAGCCUUUAACUGUGCAAUAAUUUCUGUAUUUAUUGGAUUUUGUAUUUUGGCAUGUGCAGGUACAUUAUUAGUUAGACAUUUAAAAGAAAAUUGUUUUACUUUGAUUUUGCGUUACUCUGUUUUUUAAAAACCGAAAUGAUAUCCUGAGAGUUUUUUAGAAGACAAGUCCAUUUUAAGUAAUCAAUUUUGACCGCUGCUUGUAGGAAAUUGUAUAUUAAGCUAAACGUGUAAUUUCUCGGAGAGAAGCUGAAUUCAAUCUUCAAUUUGAAAGUGGCGUUAACUGAGAAUGCUAGAAUUAGUCUAUUUUGUGUGAUGACGAUACGCGGACAACAAUCCUUUGGCAUUGUAGCAUGAACUGAGUCGAAAACAUGUCGAUAUAAUUGGAUAUGUAGCACUGAGCGUCAUAUUUGACAGUAAAUCUAAAAUCAAAGAGGAUCCCAAGGUUCAUAAACCCUGUCUCCUUUUGAGAAUAUCAUUCCCAACCACAAGAAACGAAAAGAUAAGGCAGCUGCUGACUGGUGUGUAGUACCAAACCCUAAUGCUACGAUAACCAUUCCUCAUUUCUUCUGCUUUACACACACCCACCCCCUCCAUCUUACCUACACUGAUACAUCCAUGUUUUCUAUUUUGCAUGACGCCAUAUGAACUAGACUAUAUUAUUUAUUUGGAGAAAACUGAGCAUGAAGCCAUGCAAUACGAGUAUGCAUACAGAUAGAUAGAAGAAUGAGACAAGAGAAACAGGGACAUCUCAGGGUGAGCUAUGAUACUUUUACCCGUUACUUCCUAUUCUUCCAGAAGCAUUUCCAUUUCAUCAUAUGAUGAAAUAAUUUGGGCCGGUUGUGUCCCCUACAACAUGCCUUGUUGCCCUCUGUCCUCCCUAUACCGGGCUAAUGUCCAAGCUUUAUCCUCUAAGCAGUUGUGGCGCUUACCCACUGCUAGUACCAGCUUGGCUCGGCUUGGCUCGGCUCGGCUCGAUUCGACCGCGGUGCCCCGUCCUCCAUUUUACGUUGCAGAUUUCGUACCGCCUCAUGUGUGAGGCAAGUGUAGCUGGUUGCCACUACUUUAACUACAUCUCUGCAGAAAUUUAGAUUCUCUGAUUUUAUUUUCGACAUUUAUAAAAAUCAACAUCUCUAUGCAUUUUGUUGUACUAAAAUAUCUAAAAAAUUGUUUCAAAUAUUGGGCUUGUAUUAGUGAUUCUAGAAUUGUAAAAUCUGAAUAAUGAAGUCACCUCUCCAGGAAUAAGAAUCCUUCAAGUUUCACAGUUAGUUGUGGGACAGUUUUGUGUAGAAGAGGAAACAUUCAUAAAUAUAUUUAUCAGUGUGUGCUGAAGUAGUAAGACCAAUAGUACGAGCAUCAAUACCCUCCAUGCCCCUUGUUCUUUUAACCAUCAUAACCCCAGUUUCAUUAAGCCCAUCCACCUUCAUAGUGGCACUUUCUUUUUUUAAAUCAGAUCUGAUGUGAAUGCUGUCAAUAUAUAAUUUCGGAGCUCUUAACAACAGACCCGCACUUUAUAUUUUUUUCCGUCCGACACACACACAGAACUGGACAGAAAAGGUACUAAAGGGUCUAGAGCUUGGGAUCUCGUGACGCUGAAGUGCCCAGGGUUGUUAGGCUAGGCUUUCCCAAUGCUGGCACUCUAAAAUUUAAAGAAAGAAAUAAUAAUAAAAAACUUUUUAUUUGGGACAGUUUUUGUACUGCGAUUCAAUUUGACAUGAGUGUGCCUUGAAUAGCGAUCUUCCUAUUUAUUGUCAAAGACAAAUGCAACAAUUUUUGUUAAGCAUCAAAUUGAACAGGAAAAAAUAAUGUCAAAUGUUGUUAAGUUGAACUUUCAACAGAAAUGUUUAAAUCAAUACAAAUGAAACAAUGCUGUGUUUAGGCUUAGGAGUACCCAGCACAAUAUCUGUGUGUCUGUGUGUGUAUAUAUGUAUGCAUAUGUACAUAUAAAGGCACAAACCUAUAUAAAGAUAUAUAUCAAAUUCCUCACUCAUAAGGACCAGAGUCUGUCCCACAACAGAAAUGUCCGGGAGUGGACAAAAGCCACACAAAAAGUCAAAGAAGAGACUCAACAAAAAUCAGGAAAUGCAGAAACUAAAAGGAGAAUUUAGUGCACUCUGUCUUAAAAUAAGUUUACAGUAUUGAAACAAGUACAAGGGUAAAAUAAUAUUUGUGUGUAUGUGUGUUUUAAACAAACAAGUAUUUUUUUUUUCCAGGUUUGCUUAUAAAGUUUCUCUCAAUGCCGUAGUGGCGAUGUGUAUAUAUUUUUUUUCUUAUUUUUUUUGGUGACGGGUUUUUAGUAUAUAUAUAUAAAUAUAUAUGAAUAUAUAUUACUUUUUUUGUUUACUGUAAUAGUAUACAAGUAUUUGUAAUAUUGGAGAAUGCCUGGGCAUUUUACAAAAAAUAGAAAAAGGUUGUUUUUAAAUUUUUAUUUUGCAGUCCAAUUUAAAUUGUGGGUCUCUUAAACUGUUUUUGUCACUGUAACUGUAAGUCUUAAGUUUUAGUAACUUUUAUUCUGCCUUGGGUGUAAUAAAUAAAAAAAUAAACAAAUUAAAAAAUGACUGAGCUGUAACAAACUUGGAUUUGGUGGUGGGAUGGCUGUUAAGGACAGGGGUGGGAGGAUGGGCUUUGUCCCUUAAAAGUGGCAGAACAUUGGUUCAGCCUUUCAGGACAAACACUGAGAAUCCUGACUUGUAUCUAUUUUUCUUCUUCUGGAAUGGAUUAUUCUUCAUGGAUGGUUUGAAAUACACGUGUAGGCACUCGCUGUCUUUCCUAAGGAGCUUGUCUUUUUUUUUUUUUUUUUUACUUAUAGGCAUACAGUAUGUGCAUCCUUUUGUGAACAGAGUACUCUGAGUACCUCAAGACAUCUUGUAUCUGGUGCAGGGGGAGAGGGACUUCAUGGCAAUCACAAGAUACAACUCACUGGCUGCCACAAGCUGUUAUUCCUCUCAUUGGGCAGGAUAAAUAACCUGAUGAAUUUGUACUGUUGUAACGAAACAUAUUGUACAGGAAAGGGUCUAAAGGACUUGUGUUUAGUGACAGAAACACCAGUCGAUGUUUUGUUUACCGCUUAAUUGGUUGUAAAUAGUUUUCUAUGACUACGCUGUUUUCAUUUUGUUUGACCAUUGUUUACUUUUUGUUUGGUUGUAAUUUCUAACCGGCACUGGCGGUGACUCCCUGUGUGUGUGUGUGUUUGAGUGUGUGUGUGUGUGUGUGUGUGUGUGUGUGUGUGUGUGUGUGUGGGUGGGUGGUGGUGGGGGGGAUUAGGACAGGUUAUUCUGUCUGACCUUUGUGACCUCCAUGUCAGUUUUCAGGCACAUGCCCUGUUGAUAUUUCUCGGCAUGACAAUAGAGCACAAAUACAAGCUGUUACAAUUCUUCAACCUCUGCUUGUUUGUCUCAUUUUCUUUUAGCUGGCCAGCAGAAAGGGGACCAUGGAAACACUGAUGGACAUACACCUGAAAUAUUCACAAACUCUUAAAUUCUGCUUGAGGUAUUAGGCAUAAUUUAGUCUUGAAAAAGUCCAGAAAGCAUCUUAGCGCCAAACUCAUUUUCUGCCGCUUAUAUGAACACCUGCUAAUCAAAGAAGUGCCAAGAUGAUGAAGAAGAAAACAACCUGGCUGUGUAUUUCAUUCCUUUAAUGCUUUUUUAAAAACUCAUAGAAAAUAGUUGGUGCUUAGACAAAACCCUGAGAGCUACUGAAUUUCCCAUCAGCAUCAUCUCUGUUGAAGAAGUAUACGCUAAUCCAGAAAGGUUGCAUUUCUGUUGACAGCAGACCUGUAUUGUCAGCCACUUCCCAAAAUGAUAGAAAUAAAAAGCAAAGUUGGGGUGAAGUUAAGAAAAUGUCAUUUUUGAGAUGUAAUAACAACAGAGAGGUGGAGGGGUAUGGGACUGGGGGCGGGGUUUUUGGAGUAGAGAUGUAAUGCUGUUUGUGAUGUCACUUUAUUUAAAUUCAUGAAAUGACUCCUAUAGGCUGCGGCUUGUGUUCUCUAUGAUGUCACUGAGAUGCGGCAGGUUACAGUAAACAUGACAUUGAGACUC